AUGGGGCAUACAAAGGUUGCACAAUCUUUUGAGAUAUUCAAAGCUGCUUUUCUGAGGAUUGAUUUGGAUAAUUACAAGGGAGACCCAACGUUUUGGGUAAGCGUUCAUCGGUACCACCAUCAGUUCACAGAUACUGAUCGAGACCCACAUAGUCCAAUCGAGGGGUUUUGGUUCAGCCAUAUCAAUUGGGUUUUUCAUCACAACUAUCUUUGGGAAAAGUGCGGAAAAUCAAACAAUGUAAUGGAUCUAAAAAAGCAAGUCUACUACAGGUUUCUUCGGAGAACACACGCACUUCAUCUUCUCGGACUUGCACUUUUGUUGUACGUUGCAGGAGGCUUACCACACCUUAUCUGGGGAAUGAGUGUGAGACUAGCAGUCAGCCACCAUGGCACAUUCGUGGUGAAUUCAGUUUGCCAUACAUGGGGGAAAAGACCAUGGAAUACCAAAGACUUAUCUAAGAACAACUGGAUGGUGGGAUAUUUAGCAUUCGGAGAAGGUUGGCACAACAACCAUCACGCCUUUCAGUACUCUGCUCGGUUAGGGCUUGAAUGGUGGCAGCUCGACAUUCCUUGGUACUUCAUAAAGCUUCUCGAGUAUCUUGGAUUAGCAACAAAUGUUAAAGUUCCUACGGAGACUCAGAAAAGAAAAUACUCCUCAACAAACCCAUAAUUAAUACAAAAUCUAUAUAUGGAUACUUCAGGACUUAGUGAGUGCUACUUCUCCCCAGGAUGGUUUGCAGGUUUGCUUAUUGCAAUAAGGUAUGCGUGAGAUUCAAUUAGUAUUAAUACAGUGAUUAAAACCUAGUUUCCUUCAAAGUGUGUGUGUAAUGUUCUGUUGAUUUAAAUUACUGGUUGUAAUCAUGUUUAUUUAAUACCAAAAACAACUGGGCACUUGAAUAUGUAGGCGUGUCUUACUUAGGAACAAUGGUGUCUAUUUGGAUACUCUCAAUGUGUGUGACCACCCAGAUUCCAGAAGGUUUUGA